AUGAAUGAGGAUAAAACUAACAAAAGAAAGAAUACUAUUCUUUCUUUUUUUGUGAAAAAACCAAAAGCCAACAAAGUAAAUGAAGAUGAGAAUAAACCGAAUGAGCCUUCAGCUAAUAAUGAAUCCAUUGAGUUAACUUCAAUUGAGGAUAGUGAUGGUCGUGGUCUCCCAUCUCAAGUUCCAAUUCAUAUUGAAGAACCCUUGAACAUACAGCAAUAUCACAAAAAUGAUGUAGGUUUAUUGGUACAAAGAAAUUCAAUUUCUGAUGAAGAUAAACAUCUUAUUCUAACUAACGUGUGGGUUCCUCCAUCUAACUAUAAAUUUCCUAUAAGUGAAAAAAACAAAAAACGUGGCUUGAGGUUUCAGUACAAGUGGCUUACAGAGUAUAAUUGGCUGUCAUAUUCUGAACUUAAAGAUGGAGCUUUCUGCAAAUAUUGCGUUAUUUUUGCUAAAACUGGCGGAACCAAUAGUCAGCCAUUAGGACAGCUUGUAAUUAAAGCCUUAAAUGAGUGGAAAAAUGCUAAGGAGAUAAUUAUUUUUCGUACACAUUCACAAAGGAGUUAUCAUCAGUCUGCCAUUUUGGAUUCUGAAAAUUUUUUAAAUAUAUAUUCUCAUAAAGAAUUGUCAAUAAUUGAUCGACUGGAUUCCGAAAGAACAAAGCAAAUUAAGUCAAAUAGGAACCGCCUUGUACCAAUUAUUGAUUGUGUAAUAUUGUGUGGUCGUCAAGAGCUAGCAUUGCGUGGACAUAAUGAUUCUGGGAGCAUAUACGAUUGUGAUAAUAUAAAUCAAGGCAAUUUUAGAGCCAUUUUAAAAUACCGCGCUGAUGGUGAUGAUUAUUUAAAAAGUAUUUUACAGAAAGAAGGCAGAAAUAAAUUCAUUUGUCCUCAAAUACAGAAUGAAAUAAUUUCAGUGUGUGGUGAUGUAAUUUUAAAAAAGAUUGUGAAUCAAGUCAAUGACUCAAAAUGUUUUACUGUGUUGGCUGAUGAAACCAAUGAUAUAUCAGUGGUUGAACAGUUAGCCUUAUGUGUUAGAUAUGUUGACAAAAAUAAAAAUUUGAAUGAUAAUUUUUUAAAAUUUAUUCCUGUUCAAAGUUUGACAGGCAAAAAUUUAGCAGAUUCAAUAUUGAAUGGAUUGAUGAGUUGUGGGGUUGACUGCAACUAUUUAUAUGGACAAGGUUACGAUGGUGCUAGUAAUAUGGCAGGCCACAUGCAAGGCGUUCAAGCCCACGUUAGAGCAAUGUAUCCUAAAGCAUUGUACAUACAUUGUGCAGCUCAUUCUUUAAACUUGGCUGUCUCAACAGCUAGUAACAUUAAACCUAUAAGGAAUUGUUUGGGAAUUAUAGAAAAGUUGUACGUUUUUUUCAAUACACCCAAACGUAACAAUGUUCUGCUGUCUUGUAUUGAAAAUAGUGAUACUGAUAUUAAAGUGAAAACUCUUAAACGUCUUUGUGUCACAAGAUGGGUACAAAGAUAUGAUGCGGUUCAUGAUUUUGUUGAGCUAUUUGAGUUUGUCUUAGAAUCAUUAGAGACUAUUUCAGAAUGGAAUGAUUCAUCAGGUUCUACUACAGAUGCAAAUUUACUACUGAAAGCAAUAGAUUCUGAGUUUAUAGUGUCAGUCUAUGUUGUUAAGCUGUUAUUUUCAUUUGGUCUUCCUUUAUGUAAGCAAUUACAAAAAGAAAGGAUUGAUUUAAAGGAAGCAGUUGACUUGACAAAAGACAUUGUUUCAGAAUUAAAAUCUAUGAGAAGCGAAUGUGAUAACGAGUUCAAUAAAAUAUUCCUACAAGCAAAGGCAAUGGCUGUUAAAAUAGAUAUUGAGUUGACAAUCAAACGGUUGAAUAAAAGACAAACAAAUCGAGCAAAUCCAUUGUCUGAUCAAAAGAUGGAUGCGGAAACUUACUAUAAAAUAACUGUUUUUAUUCCAUAUGUUGAUUAUUUCAUAACUAAAUUGGAAAAUAGAUUUUUGGCACACUCAGACAUUUUCAAAGGGUUUGAGAGUUUAUUUUCUUCUAAUACAAUUUUAACCGAAGUUGAAGAAACUUCAUUUAUGAAAUUAGUUGAAUUUUACCAACCAGACGUGGAAAACUUAGACAUUCUACUGGUUGAGCUAAAGUUGUGGAGGCGCAAACUAAGCAGAUCAUCUAAUAAUGUACCAAAAUCAGCUAUUCAAGCGCUUAUUGAAUGUGAUGCUAAUAUAUUUCCUAAUAUAUUUAUAAUAAUCAAAAUUUUAUGUACAUUGCCUGUAUCCACUACAACACCUGAGCGGAUGUUUUCAUCCCUAAAAAGAAUAAAAACAUACUUAAGAAAUACCACGACUGAAGUAAGACUAAAAAUCAUUAACUUUUUAUUCAUUGUCAUAAAAUGA